GAAGCGGAAGUGAAGCAAAAAAACAUUAGAAUGUAUCCGCAGCGUAUCUCUCUACCUCGUGUCCGCGUGCCCUCCGAGACUGAAAAUCUUCCCAAAGCAGCAGAGGUCGGAGGAGGCUUGGAAUCGUCUCUGCUUCAACUCAUCCACGAUCAUCACCAAUCCUCUCUCAGACUUGGAGGACAAGCAGAAAAGGCCAAGAGAGAUGCUAUUAGGAAUGGGAAGAGAGUUGCGGAUCUUUUGGUGGAGGUUGUGAAUGGAGGAGUGGAAGAAUCCUUUAUCAAUGAGAAGCGAAUCGAGCUUGAAAUUCGCUCUUUAAUAUCUACUGUUUUACGUUAUUCGAAGCAAACAGAUCAAUGGCUUGCUGCUACUCAUGCGAUAAACUCUGCUCUUAAGGAAAUUGGAGAUUUUGAGAACUGGAUGAAGACCAUGGAUUACGAUUGUAAAAGCAUCAAUGCUGCAAUUCAGAACAUUUAUCAAUCAUAAACUCCUUCAGUGAGUUCUCAAACAUUCCUUUAAGAAAUGUGUGGAGUUCCUGUUGAAAUAUGUAUUUAAAGUGGUAGUUUCAUAUAAGCAGGGUGAUCUCUUACUUUUAUUCCAUUUCCUAAUGUGGGCAUAUGUGGGAGUGGUCCUCAGCUAUAUCCCACCAUUCAAUUUUGCAUGGCCUCAACUGGAAGAUCCGUGCUUCAAUGGCACUUUGCAUUUGCAUUGUUGUUCCAUUGGUAAUAAUCUCACUUUUUUCAGUU